GGUUAAAACAGGGCUAGAAACCCGUUUCAACUCAAAUUGUUGAGGAAGUUGACACAACCGGUAAGAUAAAUACCUUGCAUCCUUGCUUAAUCUUGAAGCCCACCGCUCUGAUCUAUGUACCGGCCUACCACAAUACCAAAACUGACGGCAUCAUGGACCACCCCAUGAGCAUCGGGGUGGCUGGCUAUGAGGCAUUGCUUCCUGGAGGGCUCCCCUCUGAAGCAAUAAACGUCGCACUUGAAUUCAUUCAUACCCUCCUGCAAGACUCCAAACAACACGGCAGCUACGGCACAAUCCUACGGUACAACAAAAAGCUACACGAGGCAACGGUUCCAACAAUACUGUUUGGAUUUCCAGAACCAGGGCGGAUCGGAUCCAUCAUAUUACCUGAGGCUAUCGCAAAUAUCCCACUGCUGGUGAUAAGGCAGUACCAACCAUAGAUAUACUACCCACAUGGUGCUUGGGUGUGAACCACGAGGAAAAUAUUCUAUAUCGGAAGGAGGCAGCUUCGGGGGUUGGUUGGCAACAAAUGACGGGAAGAAGUGGGGCAUAACAUGCGGACAUUGCCUUCCGGAGUGUGAUGUUGGUUCCAGUGUCGUGUCACCAAGCAGUUUAGAGAUUAUGGCCCGACUGGAUGAAAUUAUUCCAUACACCAAAUAUUGUCCGAUUUCUCGGAGUGUUUGCAAACUGAAGGCUUGUGAAGAUGAAGUUGAUUUCCUAAGGGAGAAAUAUACCGAACUACCAGAUAAUGAUGGGGUUGAGCUUUAUGACGGGAGCAAAAUAAAGCUGAUUGGACCUGACCUUGGGAUUUUGGUAGCAAAGGCGGAACACAGAUAUCCCAUCUUGCAAAGGCAUAACGAGCAAUUGCGAUCCCAAGGGAAGAGGGAGUUUGCAGUCAAGAGCGCCAUAAUACCCUCGCGGCUAGACUGGGCAUUGUUUGAAGCUUGCAACACAAGAAUGCUCGGGAAUCGACUCACUACCAGUCAUAUUUUUAGAGAUGAGAAGGUUUGCGGAAUGGGUUUGCUGGAGCCAGGGGCCACAGUGUGGAAAACUGGGAGAACAACAGGCCAAACCAAGGGUAAGGUAAAUGACGUUGGUGUCAUCAUCUGGAAGGAUGGCUUUACGACGGAAGAAGUUGCAGUUAUUUCUUCAUUUAGUGGCUCAAGAAGUAGUCUUUUUGCGGAUAAUGGUGACUCGGGCGCUCUGGUGUUCUGUAUGGCUAAUUCGUUGGAAGCUGUUGGACUUGUGGUUGGCGGGAGUGAGUCGCAAGUUCCGUGUUGGGUUGCCGUUACCCCGUUAUGGGCAAUCCUUGAGGACAUGAAACUCAUGACGGGUAUGGAUGUUAAAUUUUGUACGGAGUGUUGACUUUGUUAAGUGUGUAAACUGGGUACUUGAUUGUAAACAGGGUGUUUUUGUAUAAA